CGGCAAGCUGCGCCAACUGCGCCAUGGGUAACAAACUGAGCUGCUCCUGUGCCCCGCUGAUGCGCAAGGCCUAUCGCUAUGAGGAUUCGCCCUGGCAAAGUUCCCGUCGUCGCGAUGGCCAUCUAUUGAGUUCGUUCAGGUUGUGGGCAGAGGUCUUCCAUGUAUCAGCCAGCGGAGCCGGCACCGUCAAAUGGCAACAAGUGUCCGAGGAUUUGGUUCCUGUGAACAUCACCUGCAUUCAGGACUCGCCCGAGUGCAUCUUUCACAUCACCGCGUACAACAGUCAGGUGGACAAGAUACUCGACGUGAGACUUGUGCAGCCAGGUACACGCAUUGGCCAGGCAUCGGAGUGCUUCGUUUACUGGAAGGAUCCCAUGACCAACGACACCUGGGGCCUCAACUUCACCUCGCCCAUCGAUGCCAAGCAAUUCCGCGAGUGCUGUGUGUCUUACAUUGUAAAAAAAUACUGCGACGUUUUACAGUCGCCUUCUUUCAAAUUUUCACGAAAGGCCUCGUCGUCGUACUCGCUGAAAUUGGAUCCCCCCGGCAAGGGCAAGGUGAAGGCCAAGCGAAAGCCGCUCAGCACUCCGGCGUCGCCGUCGCGCGUCCGCCAGGAGCCCCAGUGCACCUGCAUGUCCGCCGAGCAGUAUGCGCGCCUGCGAACCGAUCCCCGUGUUAGAGGUUCAUCCACUUUGCCGCGUAACGUUGGUUCGCACCGAAUCACCGACGUCGACGGCCAGCAGCAGGUUGGCUCCGGAAAAGUGGUCAGUGCGGUGAGCAGCACCUCGCUGUACGACAACGUGGCCAGCGGUGGUCCCGGUACCAAUCAGGGAGCAGAUACCCUGCCGCGCCAGAUGAAGGGCGGUCAGCAGGACAGACAGGACGUGGCCAAUAGCGGAGUCAAUACCAAUACUCCGGGCGUAAUUGUCACCGGCGUGGGCAACGUCGGCUCCGAUAUGUGCGGCCAGAAUCACGUGGGCUCACAGGUGGGCAACGAUGACCCGGCCGCGUGCCAAAUGGACAUGGAUCUCUCGAAGAGCGAGGGCACACAGGCCGGCGGCGGACUGCACCAGAGCGUGGGCACAUGCACCUCCUCCUCCAAGGGCACCGGCACCCGCAACAAGGACUUUGGCGAUGAUAUGACACGCGACGCGCACUCGCACGACAUGCACCAGCAUAAUGUAAUCAACAACAACACCCGGCGGAAGACCAAGAGCACCGAGGACAUGAACGUGGACACCAGCACGCUGAAGCGCAUGCUGAAGCCGAUGCCCAGCACCGAGUCGCCGGUGACCUCGCCGGAGAUGGGGCGUCGGCGCUAUAACUACUACAACGCGAAUGCGGCCCAGACAUUGGGCCACCCGCCGCACAUGCACCAGCAUGGCAUGUCGAUGGGAAUGGGUGGCGGCGGAGGCGGUGGCCACCACAUCAUGAACAACAACACGAUGGGCCGUGCCAGCAGUCAGUCGUCGCGAUUCUCCGGCUCGAGAUCCUCGCAUGAAAUCGGACGCGGCUAUCCGCCGCGUAAUCUGUACUUGGAACUGGAGCGGGAACGCAGCUGCAUCGAGGGUUCGCCGCCCUCGGACAAUGUCAUGUUCGACAACCAGUGCUAUGCGACCACACCGAGCUCCAGCAAUGGCAACUCGGAUCAGGAUCAAUCCUACGGACAGCAGCAAUCAUCGGGUCAGCAUUCCCAGCAGCAGCAGGGACCGCCGCAGCGUUCCUCGCGCCAUCAGCACCAUCAUCAGCAGGCUCCCAAUGUGACACCCACUCCGGGCUCACCCACUUCGCGCCUGCUACUCGAGUACGAGAUGCAUCUGAGGAACACUCUGGCCAAGGGUAUGGAUGCCGAAUCCUACAGUCUGCACACUUUCGAAGCCCUGCUCUCGCAGAGCAUGGAGAAUCUGGCCAAUGCGAAAUCUUCCACGCUGCCAUUGCCGCCACAUCGGCCAUUGUCUACCAUUCGCGAUAAGGAAAGGGAUCGCGAUCGCGAUGGUUACUACAGUGAUCGCAAUGAGUUGAUCAGGGAGCGGGAACGCGAACGCGAUCGUGGCUAUCUAUCGGAUCACAAUUCCAGUUUCUCCAACUCGCGAUGCGCCUCUUGCAUUGGCGAAUCGGCUCGGGCCCAGUGGUUCCGUCACUCGGAUGGUUGGCGUUCCGGAAGUUCCACUAUUGGAUCCGGAUCGGGUCACGGCAUGAUGACCCAGCAGGUUCCUGGCUCCGGGCACAAGCGUUCGCCCUGGGAUUCGCUGCCUUCAUUGCGACAGGACAGCAGUCUCAACGAUUCGGGUUACAAGAGUGCUCGUGCCGAUUCUCUAGAACAACGUGCCGAGUUCAUACGUCAGGAUAGUUUGCGAUCAGAGUAUUUGAGCGAUCGCGAGUCACGCUACGGAAUUGUUCAACAGGCUUCCAUUGAGAGCACCGAUUCAAGGAUGUGCUAUCUAACAUCAUCAGAGAUUUCGGACGAUGAUCGAAUGAGCCUAACUACCGCCGUUUCGGAUGAAGAUGAUGGGGAAAGUGUCAUGGCGUCACCAUAUAAAGCAAAGGCAACUGGCACCGCUGCAUCCUCCUUCAAUUGCACGGGAGCUGUUCGCAAAGCCGGCUUCCUAUCGGUAAAGAAAUGGUUACUACGCAAGAAGCACCAGAUCGAGCUGGCAAGAAAGCGGGGCUGGAAGGGCUACUGGGUGUGCCUGAAGGGCACCACGCUGCUCUUCUAUCCGUGCGAUUCCCGGGAGGGCCGGAGUGUGGAGGCGGCGCCCAAGCACUUGAUUAUCGUGGAUGGUGCAAUUAUGCAACCGAUACCGGAGCAUCCCAAGCGCGACUACAUCUUCUGUCUGAGCACGGCGUUCGGCGAUGCCUAUCUCUUCCAGGCGCCCUGUCAGGUUGAGCUGGAGAACUGGGUGAACAGCAUACACAGCGCCUGUGCCGCCGCCUUUGCCAGGCAUCGCGGAAAAACUGGAACGCUACACCUGCUCCAGGAGGAGAUCUUCCGGCUGGAGAAGGCCAUUGAGUCGGAUCACAAGCUGAAGCACAUGGCCGAACUGCAGCAAUCAGUUGUCACCGAUCAGGAGACGCGUCAUCAGAUCCAGACGCAGAUACUGCAGUGGGAGGAGAAUCUGGAGCGGCUCCACUGCGAGCAGUUCCGGCUGCGCUGCUACAUGGCCUCGCUGCAAAGUGGCGAGCUGCCCAAUCCGAAGUCGCUGCUGACACACGUGUCGCGCCCCACGAAGAACACGCUGAACAAGCUGGGCGUGUUCACGGUUUCCUCCUUCCACGCCUUCAUCUGCGCCCGCUCGCCCUCGCUGCUCAACAACCUGCUCGCCGGACGCGGGGCCACCAAGCGGCGACCGCCGAUGCUGUCGCGGUCCAACAGCGGCUCCAGCCGUCGCUCCAUGCAGAUGAAUUCACGUGACGAACCGGAAAAAACUUUCAAAGUUGCAAUGCCCGACAAUGCUUACUCGACAGUUUAUCUACGUGAUGCCAUGUCUGUGGAGGAAUUCCUCGCCAGCGCCUGCGCCCGUCGCAACCUCAAUCCCAUGGAGCACUUUGUGCGCGUCAAGAAGCGACGUGACAUGGAGGAUCACAAUUACUUUGUGCCGCAUCGCAACGAUCUGAUUGAAAAUUAUCUACAUAAUCACGAGUUCGUGGAGGUCUGCAUGAAGAUCCUGUACCAGGUGGAGCUGCAGCGCACGACUCUGGAGCAGAUGUGGGGCUUCUCCGUGGAGGCUGAGCUGAUCGAGAAUGCGGAACGGCAGGACGAGCUGUGCUGCUACGUGAGUCGCGUGGAGGACAAGAGUGUGGCCAUGCACAAUGGCAUUAUCAAAGGAGACGAAAUAAUGGUCAUCAAUGGCGCAAUUGUGUCCGAUCUAGAUAUGAUGUACUUGGAGAGCGUCCUGCAGGAGGAACAAUCGCUCAGCAUGAUGAUGCGGUCCUCGCGCACGGAGCCACCAGAUCUAGUGGGGAUCAUGAGGGUAACGGACGAUAUGAUUGACUCGCUGGUCUGUCCGCCGCCGCCCACAGAUCCGCCGGUGAUGAGCGAGGAGAUGAUAACUGGACUGAUUGUUCCGGCCCCCGGUUGGAAUGGCACUAGCAAGGAUUUGUACUCGCCGGAGGCGGAAAGCUCGCCGGCCACCUCCUUUGUGGAUCCUGCCGCAAUGGCCGCCCAGCUGGCGGUGGGCGGCGUGGGAGGCGUGGUCGUGGGCGGACUGGGCGUGGCCAAGCCAACGUCGCGUACGAGCAGCUUUGAGAUUGAGAAUCUGCUAAAGACCGCGGAGCAAGUUACCGGAUUUUGUCGUUCACCCCAGGAAACGCGGAAAUCGAGCCCAACCGGCUCGGUCACCUCAUCGGUGUCGACCACGGCAUUAACACCAUCACGCCAGCUGACCGAUGCGGAGAAACUGCGCAAAGUCGUCAUGGAGCUGGUGGACACGGAACGCACCUAUGUGAAGCACCUGAACAACCUGCUGGAGCACUAUCUGGAGCCCAUGAAACGAGAGACAUUCCUGUCCAAUGCCGAGAUCAACGCUCUGUUCGGCAACAUACACGAGAUCGUCACAUUCCAGCGCCAGUUCCUGCAGAAUCUGGAGGAGUCCUUGGACCUGGAGCCGGAUUUCAACAAGUUCGAGCACUGCGGCCAGUUCAGAAAUGUGCUCUUUGCGAUUGGCUCGGCCUUCCUGUACUACGUCAACCACUUCAAGCUCUACUCCUCGUUCUGUGCCAGUCACAGCAAGGCGCAGAAAGUCCUGCAUCCAAACGAGGGCAAUCACGCCCUGCAGGAGUUCCUCGCAGCCAGGAAUCCCAAGCAGCAGCAUAGCAGCACCCUGGAAUCCUAUCUGAUCAAGCCCAUUCAGCGCAUCCUCAAGUAUCCACUGCUCCUGCAGCAGAUGCGCAACCUCACAGACACCCGGGCCGAUGAGCAUGUGCAUCUUUGUGAGGCACUCAAGGGCAUGGAAAAGGUCGCUGAGCACAUCAACGAGAUGCAGCGCAUUCACGAGGAGUACGGUGCCAUAUUCGAUCACCUGUUCCGGCAGCACCAGAAGUCUUGCAAACAACCCAUUGAUCUAAGUCCAGGUGAUCUGCUGUACUAUGGCGGAGUGGAAUGGCUCAACAUCUCGGACUUUCUGGGCAAGAUCAAGAAGGGACUGGAACUACAUGCCAUGUGCUUUGUGUUUAAGUCGGCUGUGGUGUUCCUGUGCAAGGAGCGACUGCGUCAAAAGAAGAAGUUGAUGGGCGUUUCCAGCAAGAAUGCCACCAAUGAGGUCGAGAUCAUUCGCUACCAGGUGCUCAUACCCGUAACCGAGGUGCAAGUCCGCGCCAGUUCGGCCAAGGAUAUGGACUCCCACUUCCUGUGGGAGCUCAUCCAUCUGCGUUCCCAACUGCAACGCCGCUCCGAGAAGGUCUACGUGCUGUCCAACAGCACUGCCGACUUCCGCAACGCCUUCCUGAAGACCAUUCGCCAGAUUAUCCGCGAAAGCGUCCGGAACAUGUCAAUUCCGAUGAAGAACUUUGGCGGCAGCUCCGGCUCCGUCUCCGGCCAUUCCUCGCAGGGCAUGGGCAGCAUGGGCUAUGCGGGCAACUCUCAGACGCUGGAACGUCCCAAGCAGCAGAUCACCAUCGUUCAUGGCUCGCACACUCUGGGCAAACCGAAGAAGAAGUCCGGUUCGCAGCGCCACUCGGCUGGCAACAUUGACUACGACAAUUUGUCGGGCAGCCAGGAGGCAGACGACCUGCCACCCAGUGUGGGCGUGGUACACUACGCCUCCGGCCACGCCCACGGCCAGCAGAUGCAGCCAGCUGGAUUCCGCGGUCGCAGCAAGACGGUGGGCGAUGUUACAGAAAUCACCUGCUCUUCCCCAGAACCCCAUCAGCAGCAGCAGCAGCAACAACAGCAACAGCUGAUGCAGCAGGGACACGCCCAUGCCCACCCACAUCCCCAUCCGCAUCCAAGGGAGCCACCGCCGCCUCCGAUCAGGCAGCCACAUCUGCACCACCAUAGCUCGGACAUCGAAAGGAUCGAUCCUGGAACGAAAUCGGAGGGCGAGGAGGACUCGCAGCAGGGCACAAUCAGGCCCAAGGCCACACUGGGUCGAACGCCCAAUCACCUGACGCUGAGCACCACAUCGACGCUCUCGGUGGGCAGCACCGGCAGCCAGGCGCGCCUCAUUCAAUCGUCGCAUCCGCCGGCCAGUUACCAGCCGGUGCUGAUGAAGGACCUAGGUAAGCCCAGCCCGGAUGAAUCGGAGCUCGAGUCGGAGUCGGAGGUGCAUGCCGCCCAGGUGGCGGCCUCCUUUAACUUAAGUCUAGGUAGUAGUGGUAGCUUAUUCGCCUCUGAUGCCAGAGAUAAUCAGACACAGUCCCGCACCCAAUCCCAAACCCACUCCCUGCAUCCCUCACCUCGUCAGUCGCCGCGUCAAUCGCCGCGACAGUCCCCCAAGCAGGAUAUCGAGGUGAUUGAGAUCUUCGAGAGCGAGGCGGAACGACUGGCCGCCUCCCAGCAGGUGGCCGUCGUCCACCAGCAUCCGGCGGACCAGGCCAGGGAAUCCGGGCAUAAACAGCGACGUGACCGAGACCGUAACCCAACUGAGACGGACGCCACAGCCCGGUUUAUGGACAAGCAUUUGAGUGACCUCGAGCAGGAGAACUUGGCCGAUGGCACCUGUGACAUUGUGGCCUACAUGGAGAGCCUGCGCGAGAAGGCCUUCGAUCCGCAGGAUCUGGCCGAAGAUACUGGCGAUCAGCAGCAGAAUGACUCUAGCCUCUCGCCGGAGCCACAGACCAUAGUGGAGAAUACACAGCAGACCGUGGUGGUGGAUAUUGAGUCGCCCUCCCGGCCAGCCACUGAAUCAGAUAGCACUGGCAACACAACCGGGCCCUCGGAAAGAUCGGGAGAUGAAACGGAGGAGGAGGCCACUACCAGUUCGUUGGCCUCGCAUAUCGUGGUGAUUGACAAGAAGGUGGACAAGAUCUUCAAGGCCAAGUCACCAGAGCGUCCAGCUUCCACCAAAGUCAAAGGUGGUAGAAGGCAGAUAUAUAUAUCGCCAGAUCGGUGCAAGUCCCAGGGUAGUUCCCCAGUAAGGAUUAUUAAGAUUAAGUCACCUCGCACCAGUUUGAGUGACCAGGGCAAGCGGUUGAGUGUGUGCUCCUCCAGGGACAACUCACAGGAUCGCCUGUCGGCAGGCCGACGGACACCGAGUCCUCGCCGCUCCUCCGAAGGUGGUGGCAUAUUGAAGCACACCACAGGACCGGCUCCUGGUAUCCUGAAGCCACCAUCCAGUCCAGCCAAAUCGAAAAGUCCGGAUCGGAGUUGCCUCAAAAAGGGCGGACCAUCGCAUGUUUGCAGCGUGGAGACUCUAUCGCCAAGGGUUUCACCCAGAGGCAGUAUGGAUCACCUGUCGCCCGAUCGCGGUAUGACCAGCAGUUCCUGUCUGCGCCACUCCCCUCGCAGCAGCUUCGAUAGCCACGGUGAGUCGGAUCACAACUUGGAUGUGCCACAUGGCAGUCGUAAGAGGAGUAUGUCUGCCCACGGCAGCUUUGAGACGGGCACCCGGCCAAGGGCCCAGGAAACCUAUCAGUAUUAUCCAGUGUAUGACAACCAGACCUGCAGUGAUCACUAUGUGGCUGCCGCUCCAACUGGGCGAUAUGGCGGGGGCACUAGUAGCAGGAGCAGGCAAAGCAAAUCCCUGGAACGCUCUACUUCUAGGGAUAGCACCACCACCAGCAGCUCCUACGGACACAGGGCAUAUGGGGUUUCCCCUGACCGUAACUACGUGGUCUUCAGUUCCGGGCCACUGCGAUCGCAGUCUGCUGAGAAUACCUUCUCCUCGCAGCCCAUAUACGAUCCCUUGCCCCGUCAUCCACCUCAACCACUGCAUCAGCCGCCGAUGCACCACCAACAGCAGCAGCAGCAGCAACAGCAAUAUAUGAGCUAUGCCCCGGAGAUAGGAGGAUACACUGGCUGCCAGCACGAUCCGCAGGGUGGCUACCAGCUCAGCUCGUCGGCACCGGAGUACACCACAUGCAUCGACUGUCUGUACCAGAAGAGACCCUCCUAGCAUAAGUCCCGCGUGCGGCAGAGUCGCACGCGGAAGAAGACACCACGCGGAAUGGUGGUGGUCAGUGCGCAGCCGACGGCCACCGGGGGAAUAGGAUUCGUGCCCGAGAUGGGCUCCUCCGAGGCACCCGGCGGUUGUGUGGACUGUCACGACUACUUCGAGAUCCAUGUGUAAGGGAACUCCGCCACUCAAGGACUCAAGGACCUAGCCUACAGGUUAUAUACAAUCUACUUACUAGAAAACCACGAGCAUAGGUAAUAGAAGCAAGGCACUCUUGAAACUAGAUGAAAAUAGCUCCAACGUUACCAUAACCAAUCGAAGACCCCAUUCCGCGUAUUUGUUGUGUAAGUGUUAGCCGUAAGUCACCGAACCUGAGCGUAGCUAGCUCUUUUAGCGCAGCAUAUGUAGUUCAUACCGAAAACUAAUCAAAGGUUAAAACGGUGGGUAACUAAUCCCGGUUGGCGAAAGGUUGCAUAAUGGGUGUGUGCCACCGUUUUGCAGUUAAUUAUUUAAGUUGCAGCCGAGUUGGGCGCGAACAUUUCGCCGUGAUUUACACACUCGCCCACAUUCACUCACUCAAGCCAUCCACCCACACGCAUUAACGAACAAAAUGGCGGAAGUUCCGCUCGCCUCGGGUGGCAAGUAGAAAUAUUACGUAUACGCCGCGUUGCACACACAAUACUCAAGUGCCGUAAUUACGAGGGCAAACAACAGAAAAGAGCAGUAGUAGCUAGGGCAGAAGCAGCAGCAGCAGCAGCAGCAACUAAAACUAAAGUUGAAAUUCAUACUCGCACUCAAGUAAACUAUGUACUAAGAGACAGGCAGACAAACAAAUGGCAAACUCAACUUGAAACACAUAUAGAUGGGGAAAUAAGACAGCCAAGAGCCAGGAGCAGAUACAAAACGAAAAGACACCGAGCACAGCUAAAAAGUUCGGCAAAAAGUUCGCCAGCUAACUAACUAUUAGCUAUGUGGGCUGGAAAAGCGGAAGGGCGGGAUGGAAACUGUGUCACUUCCGUAAAUGAAAUCAAAAAUUUUUAAUUACCCAUCUGGCGACAUGGAUCUGCUACUGAGCUGGGCUUUGGGUCGAAUCGCAGGCCAACAUUCCAGGGGUUAACAUAAAAUAUACCUAACAAGAGUUUACCUAUCGAUAUGGGGAUUAUUUACAUAAAGGACAAAAAGGACAACUAGCAGAAAACAAAAUCAAACAUUAGUUAGUUAGAAAAUUUUGCCAAUUUGCACGUUUGUGCUAUAUCGGGCAUCGGUGUGUGUACCAAUAAUGUUGUGACAAAUAAUUUGCAUAUAUGCAUAUGGUUUUUAUAUGAUUUUUAUAGGUUUUUUAUAGAUAUAAACAAAUAUACAUGCAUAUACAAACUCGACGGGCAAAUCGAAUGAAGCAUUUUCCGCAUGGGUUUUCCACCACUUCCGUUUCACAUUCCAAUUAAAUCAGCAUAUUUAAAGCAUACAAUAAAAGGGAUACAAAUCAAAAUGGGAAUGUAUUCAGAGAAUGAUAAUCGUAAGUCGUACCUCAAUGUUCAGUAAUGGGUAAUCAUAUUAUACAUGUAUGUACACUUAGGUAGCUCUGGAAAUACGCGUAUAUAUAUAUAUAUAUAUCCUCCCUUUUCGAGGCGCUGGUCGGAAAAUCCUAUUCGAUUUUCCGAUCCAAGCCGCCAACUCUCGACUAAAUAUAUAGAAAACGGUUAAGAUCAAACAAAUUUCAGGUUGUUGUAACGAGAAUUCAAAGCAGUAUAGAAAAAACGAACGAAGUAUGAGCAUAGUCAGAAUAACUAAGUUUAAGCUUCAAGAACAUUUACAGUUUACAGUUUACACUGGGCUUCACAGCAGCAAAAUCAAAACAAGAAAUGAUAACAAAUAUUCACAAAAAUCAAAAUAUACAUCGUAAAUGUGGCAUAUACAUACAUAUAUACAGCAGCAUAUACGGACAGCAUAAAUGUUAAACGAAACUAAAAACUGGAGCUCUCGAAAUCCAAAAAAUACGCGAAAAUAAAUGCAAACUAAAUAAAGAUAAGCGAGCAUUGAAGAGGAGCAGUAAAGCUAAAACAAACAUCAAAUUUAACCGAUAAUCCCUGUGUGUGCACAACCCACACACGGCCAAACACACUGAAAUCCACUAAACAAAUAAUCGAAAAAUCAACACACUAAAUGCAAACUUCAAAAUCAAAUUCGUAAAAACCAAAACUAAAGCGAGCCCCUACGUACAUAACUAAUAAUGGCAACUAACUAACUAACUAAAACUAAGCUAACUAAACCAAUCGAAACGCAAUUAACGAACUGGCCCAUGAGUUUAAAGUAAAUACAUAAAGUACGCAAAAGUUAAUAAGUAUAAAAGGACAGCGACAAGUAGAGGACACCCAUACAUAUACUAUGUAGUCUAUGCACCGAUUUCCUGGCCCAUCCAAAGAAAAUCCUCUCUCGAUUCAAGAAAACAUACCCUCGAUUAGUUAUGCAUUUAAGUUUGUUUAGUAGUUGCUUAGCAGGUAAGUGCGAUAUUAAGUUGUAAUUAGGCAAACGAACGAUGAGUACUUGAAUUGAAUUAGUAAUUAAACAAUUUAACGGGUGAUAUUUCAUUUUGUCUACACACAAUUAUCUCAAAGAUAACUAAAAUCCCAAAAAAAAAACACAUGGAAAAUUGACUCGAAUAAUGUUGAACUCAGUUAGACAUACCACAUACACUUAGUCGUAACUCUUAAGUCGGAGAUGGAGUUGGAGAUAUAAGUAUUAGGCAUGUUAAGUUAAUAGGUAUUACUACCCGCCCAUUCGAUGCAUUUGUGUGUAUCUCUUUAUAGCGUAUCUGUGUAUCUGUUGUGUCUGUUACAAACACUUGAUAUUAUUAGUUGGCAUCGCUUGAUUAACAAACAACUAACCAACCGAAAUUCGAAUCGAAAUCAAUGAACUUUGCAAGUUUCCCCCACUUCAAUUUGAACGUUUUGCAUUUUCUCUAUCAAUAUCACGACUAAUGGACAGAGUGUGCCGAAGAUCUAAUGCCAAAUCUUGUACUGCUGAAUGCCAUGCCAACCGAAAGAGAGCAAUGCCAAGUCCAUUAUAAUCGAUCUAUAUAUAUAUAUAUAUAUUUAUCUAACUAUAUAUGUCUUAUGGUUACACACACCAGCCCCACCAACUCAACUCAACUCAAUUCAACUCCUCACCACCCCCCAAAAAUCCAGAAUCCAGUAUUCAGAAUUUAUUCGGCAUUUUUUCACACAUUGAAACGCAAUUAUUUUCCAGAAAUUUAAUUUUCUGUUUUCCGUACAACUUUUUGUGUGCCAAAGCUAAACAAAAUGAAAUUGAAUUGAAUUUUAUGAAACUCUCAUCUAUGCACAACUUUAUCCAUCAUUUUUGAAUCACGCUCUUGACUUUUGCAUCUGGAAAACUAAUUUCCAAAUUAGCAAGUGGGUUAACUGAAAUGCGAAACAAUUUCAAUUUCACCACUUACACUACCAUAAUUUUCCAAAUUAUAAACACCCCAUUUUCCACCCGCAUAAAUAUGUACAUCAAAUUCUCGCUAUCAUUUUGCAAAUAAAAUUGGAGUCCUUUAAUGAAGACACACACGAGAAACAGAAGAGGCAGAACGGAAAAUGUUGGCAUAAAAUGCAAAACUUUUGAUCGAAAAUUGGAAAAAUUGCCUAGUCUUAACUGAAGCUCUUUACAAAAAAAGAAGAAGCUAAACUAUCUGCAAACGAGAAAAUGAACCAAGCGAUGUCAACAUUUUAGCCAACACAACUCCCUCUCUAUUCAAAGAACCCCCAAUCGCAAAUAUUAGUUAUUAGUUGGAUUAGCUGUUAAUCACUCCCACUACCCAGUUCCCGUCCCCCAAAAACUAUAUCAAGUAGAGAAACCAGCCGCUUGAAGUAGUGCUCAUUAUACAUUAUACAAUAAUUAGUUUUGCUUAUAUUUUUUAACCGACAAAUUUUGCUUGCAUGCUUUUUAAAUCCGAAUUGGCCACCAUUUACUUAUUCAAAUCUGUUCGACACAAUUGUAUAUAACCGAAUGGAGGCGCUAUCCUCCGCCCACUUGCUCUUUCUAACUCUUUCGAUCUCUAAAUCUAUAUUUUCUAUCUGACAAAAAAAAAAGAAGAAAAAUAAAAACCAAAACUACAAAUUAAGUUCUGCAAAACCGAAAAGAAAAUAUUUCAUAAUUUUUCAUAUAUGGUUUCCAUUGUAUCUUUUCUUUUCUUUCAUUUAAUUGUAGGGUCCCCGGUGUGGAAACCACGAGACAUGAUAAAUUUAGGCACAGAUCCACAGUCAACAACCCGCAAAGACGAUGUGAAAAAUUAAAUCAGAAAAAGCAAAGCAAAACAUUUAGUAUCAAGCUAAGCAAGCAUAAGAACUCUUAAUCCACAACUUCAAAUCCUCUGUUCGAUUUCUCAAUUUUACCUAAUCAAGUGUAAGGCAACGGCAACAGAAACA